CCUCCUUCUUCUAGGCUCGCUCUGAUGAGAACCAAUCAGAGGGCGCGCCCCCGUCCCGACCGUCGGAAGCUGACCGCUGCCAGAUGGAGGCUCAUUGCCACGUCUGCUGGAAGGGUAGAGGUCCGUGCCCCGAUCUCUCUGGCUGCUGCGGCGGGGGUGCGGAAUGGUGACCUGGCGGUGAUGACACGGGCGCCGCGGGGCCCUGGCUGCGGGGCGGCGAUGGCGGCGGCGCUGCGGAUAGUCCUGCUGGGUGCGAUGCUAGGCUGCGCGGCCGCGGCGUUGAUCCCCGCGGCCGACGUCAAGGUGGAGGUGCUGCAGAAGCCAUUCCUCUGCCACAGGAAGACCAAGUGGGGGGACAUGAUGCUGGUUCACUACGAGGGCUACUUGGAGAGGGACGGCUCUAUGUUCCACUCCACUCACAAGCAUAACAAUGGUCAACCUAUGUGGUUUACACUUGGCAUAAGGGAAGCUAUCAAAGGCUGGGACAAAGGUUUGAAGGACAUGUGUGUGGGAGAGAAGCGGAAGCUAACUAUUCCACCAGCCCUUGCUUAUGGAAAAGAAGGGAAAGGAAAAAUUCCACCUGAGAGCACGCUGAUUUUCAACAUUGACCUUCUAGAAAUCAGGAAUGGACCAAGGUCUCAUGAGUCGUUUCAAGAGAUGGAUCUUAACGAUGACUGGAAACUGUCCAAGCAAGAGGUGAAAAUCUACUUGAAGAAAGAAUUUGAAAAGCAUGGAGCAGUGGUCAAUGACACCCAGCAUGAUGCUUUGGUUGAAGACAUAUUUGAUAAAGAAGAUGAAGACAGUGAUGGGUUUAUAUCUGCAAGGGAAUUUACAUACAAGCACGAUGAGCUGUAGAAAAGGGUGGAGUAAUUCUUUUUGACAUAAAUGGCUGUGACUUAGGCUGCUUGGUUCUCUUGUCAUCCUAAUUCUGUGUUUUGGAGUUGACAGCUGCUGUUGGCAACGAAAGGCUAUUUGUUUAUGUAGAAGAGAUUUGUUUGUUUGUUAUGUACAAAUGUUUUAAACUAUUUUAAAGUAUGAAACUGUGCAUCCUUUUCUGCAGCAGAGACUUGCACAUCAGUGGGGUUUUUUUUAGUUUUGUAUUAACUUAUUUUUCAGAAAUGAAACAAACUUUCCAAUUAUCAAUAUUGUGAAAAUCAAAAGCCAGUCCAGUGCCUUUCUGUGAUUUGUUUGUGCCUUAAGAUCACUUCCAGUGACUUUUUAAUGCAUAACUUUUAGCCUGUGUCUUGAUUACUUGAUCAUCUUUCUUAUGUGUUGCUGCUUGAAAAAGCAGCUAAACCUUACAGUUUUUUCCACAGGUGUUUAAAAGUUGUGCUAGACAACAUAGAAUCAUAGAAUCAACCAGGUUGGAAGAGACCUCCAAGAUCAUCCAGGCCAACCUAGCACCCAGCCCUAGCCACUCAACUAGACCAUGGCACCAAGUGCCUCAUCCAGUCUUUUCUUCAACACUUUCAGGGAUGGUCACUCCACCACCUCCCUGGGCAGCCCAUUCCAAUGCCAAUCACUCUCUCUGACAACAACUUCCUCCUAACAUCCAGCCUAGACCUCUCACUGGCACAACCUGAGAUUAUGUCCUCUUGUUCUGCUGCUGGUUGCCUGGCAGAAGAGACCAACCCCACCUGGCUACAGCCUCCCUUCAGGUAGUUGUAGACAGCAAUGAGGUCUGCCCUGAGCCUCCUCUUCUGCAGGCUGCACACCCCCAGCUCCCUCAGCCUCUCCUCACAGGGCUGUGCUCAAGGCCUCUCACCAGCUUCAUUGUCCUUCUCUGGACACAUGCUAGUACCUCAACAACUAUCUUGAAUUGAGUGGCCCAGAACUGGACACAGCACUCAAGGUGUGUCUUAAAUGAGAGGGCAGAGUGUCUGAGGGAAGGAACUUGCCUGUAUUCUAUCACACAUAGUAUUUUACUUGAAAAUUGUUACUCAAGACUGCAGAGACACAAAGCAAAUCUGGUUGCAUGAAAUCAAAAUUGCAUUGCACUGAUCCUUAACAACUGUCAAAUGGGACUCAUCCUUAAGGCUCUCAGUGCAGUAGAUGAGCUAAAUGUUUGCCAGCUGGUGUUGCCAUUAAGCAUAAAAAUGCUCCUUUCUAUUAAAGAAAGUUUAGCUGGGU